AUGUCUCAAAAAGUGGUUGCUGUGUUUGGCGGUGUGGGUCAAUUGGGAAGAAAUCUCAUUCGGGCCAUCAAACAGAAAAAUUAUGUGGCCAUCUCGAUUGAUUUGAGAGAAAAUUCCGAUGCCGAUCAUUCCAUUGUAUUGAAAAAUCAAUUGGAUAAAAACACUCCAACAAUGGCAUUAAGCCUUCAGGAUGGCUCCGAGAAUGAACAAGUCCUUUCUCAGAAUUUACAAAAUAUUUUGGGCUCUAAUAACCAAAAACUUGAUGCAGUGAUCAAUGUUGCUGGAGGAUUUGUGAUGGGAUCUUUGAAAGAGAAACAAUUACUUUCUCAGGUGGAUGCCAUGUGGAAAGUGAGUGUUCAAUCAUCGGUUUUGAGUGCUUUGUGUGCAAGUGCUCAUUUGAAGGAAGGAGGUUUGUUGGUAUUGCCAGGUGCUGCAGGAGCCUUGUCACCCACACCACAUACUAUUGCUUAUGGAUUGGCUAAAAACUCGGUUCAUCAUUUGGUAAGAAGUUUGGCUCAUCCAAAAGAAUGUGGAUUACCUGCUCACACCACAACCAUUGGAAUAGUUCCAUCCAUGUUGGAUACUGAAGCUAAUAGACAAGCCAUGCCAAAUGCUGACACUUCCACUUGGACACCACUCGACCAUGUUUCAAAUGAGCUCAUUAAAUGGUUGGAAAGCUCAUAUACUGAGAGACCACCUUCUGGAUCACUUGUCAAGAUUGUCACAACCAAAGGAAACACUGAGUUUAUUGUGGAAAAGUAA